AAGCUGUGAGUUUGAGUUGUAACAGUCACACGUGAGUUUACAUCACGUUUUUAAUGUGUCUCCACCUGCACAGGUGAAUAAGUGCUUCACGGUUGUUGUGUCACUGAGGCUAAGAAGAAACGAUACAUGUGAGUUUUCUGGUCCACCUUAAAUGACGCUCCGGAGCGACAGAGCGGGUCCGCUUCUGAACCCAAAACCCUCUGGAUCCGGUUUCUGACACACUUUGAGUUUGAAGAUGAAUUUUUCCGAAGCGAAGUCAGAAGUGAAGCAGCUGCUGACCAAAAUGAAACCGUCUGAACUCCCCAAGCUGCUGAACUGGAUGAGAAACUCAGACGAGUUGGACGAGCUGCUGUCAGACAACAAGAAGACGAUUCUACGAAACAUCUCUGACGAGCUGCGAGUCCGUCUGCCGGCGGACGCCAUGUUCCCCUCUGAGAGUACCGCGUACAGUAAGAUGCGGCAGCGUUCCCGGCCGACGCUUCACGUCGACAGCUUCCUGUACGAUGAAGAUCAGGUGGACUCUCUGUGCGAGGAAGGAACCAUGAGUCGAUCAUACUGCCUCACCUGCGGCUCCUACAGAACCGCACCUCUGGACUUCAUCUCUCACUCGUUCUCCACGUCAGAGCUGCAGUUUCUGUUUGAGAACGUUCUUCCAGACCUGAGUGGACAGAUGCUGGUGGACGUGGGCUCCAGGCUGGGAGCUGUCCUGUACGGGGGUUAUGUGUUCAGCUCAGCCUCUCAGCUGAUUGGUCUGGAGCUCAGUGGAGAGUUUGUGGAACUGCAGGACGAGAUCCUCCAGAAAUACAAGCUGACGGACAGAAUCAAGGUUCUUCACACUGACGUCUGCCAGCAGAACGUUCUGCUGCAGAAUGCCGACGUUCUCAUCAUGAACAACGUCUUUGAGUUCUUCAUGGAACCAAACGAGCAAGUCAGAGCCUGGAGGUUCAUCAUGGACAACUUCAGGAAGAAAGGAUCUUUGCUGGUGACCGUCCCCAGUCUGCAGGAGAGUCUGAACCCUCUGCAGGAGGCGCUGCAGCCCGGCUGGGUGGAGGAACUUCCCGUCGACUACGAUGUUUAUCUGGGCAGAGACGCAGACCCUGAUGCUCUCAGACAGAUCCACCUGUACAAGGUCAUCUGAGGUGAACCGGUCUGGACUGGUUGGAACUGUUGUGGACCGGUCUGGUUCCUCAGCUUGCCAGGACUGGUUUAAAGUUUGAUGUUUAGAUGGUCUGAACCAGACUGCAUUGGUUUGAGGUGUGUAAAGCGCCGUCCAAUCGAGAGCAAUCAGCUGCGCAAACAGGAAGUCACUCCGGCAUCACGAGCACGACUUCAGGAAAUAAAUGUCUCUGGAAAUGUCGUGUUUAUGGAAAUUAAAAUCUUCCAGACUGAAUCAUUGUUAUGUCGGUCGUGUUCCACGCUGCCUCUGUUACUCUGAAUGGAUAUUAGCAUGCUAACGUUAGCUUUGUCUGUCGGCUCAGGAAUCUGUUUUCAUGUGAUGAUCAAACUCCACCGAGUGACGUUAGCAUGAAGCUAAGUUUGAACUGACGGACGGCUCCUGGACUCUGUGAUGUCACUCUGGCCCAGUUCUCAUGUUUUUGUCAGUCAUUUCUAAAGAUGUGGCUGUGAACUGGUCCAAACUGGUCCAAACCGGUCUGACUUGUGUUCACAAGGAGCUGAAGAGCAGAAACGGACGAGACAAACAUCGAUUCUGUCCCGGCUCUGAUCUGUCGUGCACCUGAGAGAGAAGCAACUGCUUGUGACAAACAUGUGAUGUGAUAUCAGACAUCCCACAAUGCAGUGCAGCGCGUUCUGCAGGUGAAGACACAACAGGUGUGUGACUGCAGCUGUCAGCGAUGAUCCAACAUGAUGAUGGUGUGAACUCACUGGUCGCCGUGGAUACGGAGGAACGAGGGACUGAGUGAACUGAACGUUACGCGGCAGGAGCACGAACGAACCUGAAGGCCUCGAUGACCGUGAGAACGACCCCCCCGAGGUGAAAUAUCUGGGACGCCACCAGCUUUCGAGUCUAGCCGCCUUCAACCGUCCUUGGAAAACCAGGACCUGGAUGACCGAGGAGCUGCACAGACAAAAGAUUUCUGACAGUCCUGGACCACUCACCGCCCCUCUGUCGUCUGUGGAGGACGAGGAGGGGCUGCUGGGCUUUCUCGGUCAGUGAUGCAGUGUAGUUCAUCCAGGAGAGGUCCUCAGUGAUGUGCUCACCCUCUGGCUCCACCCACUCGCUCCACCCUGGUCGGUUUAUAUGUCAAACUGAUUCCAUGAAGGGCCGUGUGGCUGCAGGUUUUCGUUCCAACCGAGGAGGAGCACACCAGGCCAACCAAUCAACAU